AGUUGUUUUUCCCCAGAAGGGAGGCUGCCUCCUGGGGUAGGAGGCCUUCCAGCGCCACUGGCCAGACAUCUUUGGAGGCUGGCCUGGCAUGGCCACUGUCCAGCGUGCCUGUCCCAUGCCACCUAGGCCAAGGAUGGACAGUUGCUUCCAGGAAUACCUCAGGCUGUGCAGCCCUCUGAGGGCAGGCGUGUGCCUGUGCCCCGCUGGCUUCCCAGAGCCCCUGUCCUGUCCCAGCUACCUCCCUGUUCCCUCCCGACAGUCACCUUCAGCCCCUGCCCCCUCCACCAGCGGCCUGCAGCACCCGGCUCUUCCCACGACCCACUGUUACCAUGAGAACAGCUUUGGUACUGGAGCUGCCCCUCCUUCCAGGGCUGGGCAGGCUGUGCACCAGGUGGAGGAUGGUGGCUGGGCCUUAGCUUCCCAGUCCCAGAAAGCCUGCGCUCCCCAAUCCCUGUGCCUAGAGUGGUUGGUUUUUUUUUUGGGGGGGGGAGUGGGACAGCAGGUGCUGGGGGACCGGCAUCAAGCUGAUAUGUAGGGACUUCCUUUAGCCCACAGCCUGUGACGUCAGCCAUCCUUAUGGCGUCCACAGACGGGACAAGGCCAAUAUGAAGUAGACUUGCCCUGGGCCCCACAUCUAACGAGCCCACAAUAGGCAGGUCCUGCUCUUUGGCGCCAAGGGUGUCCAUGACGCACCCUCUGCCAAGUUAGACGGUCCCUGGCUCAGCAUCUUGUUUGGGAGGAACUGGCAGGACUGGAGAGGGUGUCACCAUGUGGCUUAUGAGUGGCCCACCUGCAGAUCUGCCCAGAGCAGGGACAGCCCCUGCCUGCCUAGACACAAUGGGGGAGAAGAGGGGGGAAGCAAGGAGUGUGUCCUCGCCUGGAAGAGGCUGGGCAUCCUGGGGACAGGAGGCUUCAGGGCCCACUUGGGCAUGGGGCCAUAUGGCCGCAGGUACCUGCAGAGUUUGGUGCUUCCAAGUGCAGCACAGAGUCAGCAGGGCAGGGAGCAGCCCAUCUGGUCCUGCCUGGGCUCAACCCAAGGUGUGCAUUCUGGGAGCUGUCCACAGCCCCGGCCAGGACUUGGGGCUCCUCCAGAGCUCUGCUCCCACACCCUGCUGGGCCACCAGCUGCCCUGGGGAGGUGUCCUCCAGAACACCAGGUAGAGGCUGGCAAGGCUGGUAGGCUGCUCCCUGGGUGCGGGUUCCCUGGUUAGACCCCAGGUCUGUUAGACCUCACCCUUACUGGUGCGGGAGGGCUCGUCACGCAGCGCCCAGCACAGCCCCAAUGCGGAGCUAGCGGGCCACGCGGGUCCCAGGCCCACGGCGCGGCCCCUUUAAAUGCAACACCACCGGCGGCCAUCGGGGGCGGAACUGAGCGGCCGGUCGGCCUCCGCGCCGCUGCCUCGAAGCUUCUGCCGGUGCCGAGGACGCGGCGCGGAUGCGCCCAGGACGCGGUGGAGCGGGGGACGACGGGCGGGUGUGGGCCUGCGCAGCCCAUUGGGUUUCACGGGGGAGCAGCGCCCAGGAAAGGGGGUCUAACCAAGCCUGCCCAGCGGGCCCUAUUGGGGCCAGGAGCUCAGGAACCACAGCAAUGGCAUCACCUUUCUAGCUGACCCAUCCCAGCUCCAUCCCAGCAGAAGGUGGCCCAAAGAUGGUGGCGUGGGGAAAGGACCUGAGUGGCUGCACAACUGGGUUCCUCCUGCAGGUGCUUUCCACGCCAGCAUGGAGCAAGUGCCUGCGGCCUCAUCCAAGGCCCAAAACCAGGGCUGCUCCACCCCCUGCACCCCAGGGCGAAAGCCCCACAAGGCCUAGUGAGCUGCAGCUGCCAGCCUGGGGACCUCUUUUAAGAUGACCCGCACGGACCCACCAGACCUGUUGGUGUCGACCGUGUACCAAGACAUCAAGGUGGCGGCCCCGGGGCCCGCGUCGAGGCGACCGCCAUGUGAGCGCUCCGUGGCCCGGCCUGCUGCGCCCCCGCCUUUCAACAAGCGCCACUGCCGCAGCUUCGACUUCCUGGAGGUGCUGGACGGGGCAGCCAUGGAGGCCCUCCCUGAGCCACCGCCCCCAGAGCCCCCUGCGCCCCGCACCCGGCCCCGUGAUGGCGAAACCCGGCGCCGCGCCCGCUCCAAGAGUGCGCCCCGCGCGCCCCCAGGCCUGGCGCCCGCGCCCGCCUCGCCGCCAGUACUGCCGCGCCGAGGCCGGGAAGUCCAACGAGCGGCGCGGGCCGAGGGGUCCCCACGCCGCGAGCCUGCGUACCCCUCGCUGCGUGCGCUCGCCAACGAGCUGCACCCCAUCAAGCUGCAGCCGCAGCGGGGCGGCCCAGGCCGCAUCGCGCCCCUAUGCGCCGCCGCCGGCCAAUGCGCGCCUCCUGAGCCGCCCACCGGGCCCGCCCCCCACGUCCGCUGCCGCCUGGACAUCAAGCCCGACGAUGCGGUCCUGCAGCAUGCCGUCCGGGGCUCGCGGCCCUGCGGACCCGCCGAGACCACAUCCUGGGCCAGAGCAGCCCCACAGCUCUACGGCCUCACAGUGCCCGGACCUCGCCAUAUGGCGCUGUCGCGCACCCCCACUCCCAGUGACUCUUACUGCGUGGACCCCCGUGCGCUGUAUUGCGACGGGCCCCUACCUGGGCCCCGGGACUACUCGGAGCGCCGAAGUCUGCCCUUCACCACCCCGCCAGGCCCCACCCAAUUCUUCUACACCGAGGAGCCUGAGGGCCACCCCAGCGGCUUCACAACCAGCCCGGGUCCUCACUUCAACAGCUACUACCCCAGGCCCUUCCCGUCCGAGGAGCCUCCCGGCCCCAGUCCAAGGCACGGGGGCGGCUACUAUGCAGGGGAAGUGCGCACCUUCCCGGUUCAGGAACCGCCUUCCCGUUCCUACUAUGGGGAGGCACUCCGAGCCUACGGCCCACCCUGGGGCCCCCGCUAUCCGCCCGAGGAGCGCCAGGCCCACCCCGCUGCCCGAUCCUUUUACACAGAGGACUUUGGAUGGUACCGCGACCGCGACACUCUGACGCGAACUUACCCACACCCACGUAGCAGCCAGGCCUGGGGCGACUGGGGCCCGCGGCCUUACCGAACCCUGCAGGUGGCGCCUCCCCCGGACCACGGGCCGUUGCUCGCCUCCUGGCACGGCGGCACCGGCACCAGCCCGCCCCGGCUGGCGACCGACAGCCGCCACUACUCGCGCUCCUGGGACAACAUCCUGGCGCCCGGGCCACGCCGCGAGGAUCCCCUGGGCCGCGGCCGCAGCUAUGAGAAUCUGCUAGGGCGCGAGGCGCGGGAGCUGCAAGGCGCUUCCCCGGAAGGUCGGCGCCCACCCAUCGUCGUGAACCUGUCCACCUCGCCCAGACGCUACGCGGCGCUGUCACUGUCUGAGACUUCGCUGUCGGAGAAGGGCCGCCCGGGCGAGGGCCCGGGCCGCAAUUGGUACGUGACUCCCGAGAUCACCAUCACCGACAAUGAUUUGCGCGCCGCCGAGCGCCCGACUGCCAGGGGCUGGGAGCUGGCUGGGGGCCGCGCGGGGCCGCCCCCGACUGCCGCCCACGAUGGUCCCACCUCUGGCCGCCAGCGCAGCCUCGAGCAGCUAGACGAGCUCAUCACUGACCUGGUGAUCGACUCGAGGCCCCCUGCCGGUCAAGUUCCUGAGCCGGCGGCCAACGGCCUGGGCCGCCGGCUUCGCCGCCUGCUGGAGUCUCGGCCGGCGGGCCCCGGGGCCCCCGCGCUGGCGCCCCGUUCACCACCCGCCUCGGCGGGUAGCGCCGAGGAGCCUGUAGGCCCGGGCCAGGCGGCCGACGCGUCCCCGGAGCCCAGCGCGGAUGAGGACGACCUGAUGACGUGUUCCAACGCGCGCUGCCGGCGCACUGAGACCAUGUUCAACGCCUGCCUAUACUUCAAAUCCUGCCACAGCUGCUACACCUACUACUGCUCGCGCCUGUGCCGCCGCGAGGACUGGGACACACACAAGGCGCGCUGCGUGUAUGGCCGCGUGAGCAGCGUGUGCCGCCACGUGCUGCAGUUCUGCCGCGACAGCAGCCCAGUGCACCGCGCCUUCUCUCGCAUCGCGCGUGUCGGCUUCUUGUCGCGCGGCCGUGGUGUGCUCUUUCUGGGUUUCCCGAGCCCUGGCUCCGCGGACAACUUCCUGCGCUUCGGCCUCGAGGGACUGCUGCUGUCGCCCACCUACCUGUCGCUGCGCGAGCUGGCCACGCACGCGGCACCCCUGGGCAGCUACGCGCGUGAGCUGGCGGCGGCCGGGCGCCUGUACGAGCCGGCCGAGUGCUUCCUGCUCAGUGUGUCGGUGGCCGUAGGUCCCGGUGCCCCGCCCCCCGGCCGGCCCGCACCCGCACCGCGCAGUCCUGGGCCCACGGUGCGAAAGUUCGCCAAGGUGGCGCUGGCGGCGGGCAGCCCGGCGCGGCCCCCCCCAGCCCGGGGACGCGAACCCGAAAUGGAAACGCUGAUCCUGACGCCCCCGCCGGGCACGGCGGGCCUGGACCAGGAAGGCGAGGCGGGUCGGCGCGCGCGAGAGGUGGCCUUCAUCCACAUCCAGCGCGAGCUGCGGCUGCGCGGCGUCUUCCUGCGCCACGAGUUUCCGCGCGUCUACGAGCAGCUCUGCGAGUUCGUCGAGGCCAACCGGCGCUUCACACCCACCACCAUCUACCCCACUGACAGGCGCACAGGCCGCCCUUUCAUGUGCAUGAUCAUGGCCGCUUCCGAGCCUCGCGCACUCGACUGGGUGGCCAGCGCCAACCUGCUCGACGACAUCAUGUGAACCGCGAGGGCGCGCCAGGGCCCGGUCCAAUCCACGCAGGACCCGCCCAGCGUUCUCAGCCCCGCCCAGUCUACCUAGGGCCGCCCUGAGCCCCGCCCAAGUCACUCAGGCCCCGCCCAACCCACCCAGGGAUGCUCCGAGCCCUGCCGAGCCCAUUCAGGACCUGCUCAGUCCAUUCAGGCUCCAAUGAGACGGGCCCACGCCCCGCCCAACCUUCUCAGGCCCGGCCCAGUCCACCUAGGAUUUGCUCAGACCCCGCCCCUGCUUCUCCCAAGCCCCUCCUCAAAUUCGUCCAGUCCCUGCCCUGUUCGCCAUGAGCUCCGCCCAGGUCCUACCCCAUUGUGUUCUCCACAGGCCCUGCCUUUCCCUCCUCCCCCACUGCGACCCCUCCCUAUUAGUCCAGCCCGGCUCCCACUUCGCCAGCUCUCCCUCGGUCCUACCCAGAGUCCGGUCCUUAGCCGCUUGGUGCUCCCCGCUGGGAGGCGGGGUGGGCCUGAGGACCGUCCGGCCCUGCCAUCAAGCGGAGGGGUUCACUACUGCAGACCCCACCGCGCAGAUCCGGUUCGUCCGUCCCCUGUCGUCUGCAGGGCCUCCCUGGAACCGCUCCAACCCUGGCUUGCCCGGGUCCAAGGGCCCGAAUUGACCAAAGACUAGUCCCCGUCCCUUUUAACACGCCCCCACUCAGCUCCUGUAGUCUGGGAUGCGUCCAGCUCAGACGCCUUUUUUCCUCUUUGGAGAACACCCUGAUUGGUCUCGGUGUGUCCGUGUCCCCAGCGCGUCCUGGUGGUGCGCACUGCGUUCCGCUGACCCCAGCCCUGGCUGGAGAGGGUAUAGCCGGCCCCCGAGCCCGCACGUUUUUCGUUGCUGCCCGCCUGCCUCCCCUCACCACAGGCCACCCUGGCCUGGGCCUGCAGAAAGGGCUGGAGUAAGAGGCAGUACGGGAGUACUAGGUCUUCAGCCCACGCGCAAAGAUACCCAGCCAGAAGGGAGGUGGACCCGGGAAGGGGGAAAAGAGGAUGUGUGGGGACGCUGGCCAGGCGCCAGCCCAGUGCUGAAAUCUGGCUGGGCGUGAGUCCAGCUCCUGCCCACACCCUACAGGAUGGGCCUCGGCGGGUGCCAGGGCAGAGCCGGGCUGCAAACGGCAGCGCAGGCCCCUAACCUCACAGUGAGGCAGGAAGCAGAUAGGGCGACCGAGGGGCUUCCCAGUUGGGAGUGGGACAGGGAAAAGCGUGGUGGGAGCAGGUGCGGAAAAGAAUUAGUUGGCCAGGGCGGGGGUACACCCGAGGGGUUGGGGGAGCCAUUGCACCAGCUGCCCCCGCGCGCCCUUGCUCUGGCAGUGCCCUGUGCUGCGAGCUGGAAACGCGAGGCUAGCGGCCCAGCUCCGGCCCUCCGGAGCGCACGCUCGGGUGACCCUCGGCCCCCGCCCUUCCCCGGGGUGUAUCUAGCCCCGGCCCGGACUCCAUGGAGGACGAGUGACCCGGAGACGGGGUGAAGCUGGGCGCCCGCAAAGGCCCUCCUGAAGCUCCCAGCCACCAGUUGAGGCCGGUAGUGGGCAUCAACUUAAUUAAAUUGUGAACGCCUCCAUUUCCGGUUCUCGCCCCCCGACUGUGCCCCCUGUACCCCCCUCCCCCACACGCCUGCGCGCCCGCCUCGGCCCUGCGCCCCGCUUGCCCCCCACGCCUGAGAGCCGGCCGACCUGGAAGAUCCGUGGACCGGGGCUGUUUGUAGAGGGCGAGCGCUUUUCGAACCAAGUAAAACAACUCGAAUGUA